UUCUUGUCGUGUUAUAUGGAUAUCAAGCACACAGCAGGAUCAACAAGUUUUAGUUUGGGAUGUAAAGAUAAUCAGAUGUGUGGAAAACCGUCAUACAGCGCUGGUGAACUUAUAAUAGGGAGGGAUUUGAACAAACGUGAAACAAACGAAUGUGCCGAAUGCUGCGGUAUCAAUAACUGUAACAAAAACCUGUGUACACAUUCUAAACCUUCAGCAUGUAUCGAUGAUUCAAAAACAGACUGUGCGUAUCUAAAUACACUCUUUAACAUUUGUCAGGACAUCCAUCAUGGAAAAACAGUCUGUGCAAAGUUUUGUAAUUUAUGUUCAUUAGUUGAUGGCAAUUGGGCGGAGUGGUCCUUGUGGUCAAAUUGUAACGGCACGUGUGAUAGAAGUAUUCGCUUUAGAGAAAGAGCAUGCUCAAAUCCGGCACCUAUUCAUGGAGGACUGCACUGCACUGUGAAUUCUAAAAAAAGGGAAACUUGCAGCAUGCCUCUUUGCCCAGCCGGUACGCCAUCAGUCAUUUCUCAAAGCAAAGAUGUUACCACGUUGACAUACUCUGAUGGAGACAGACUUAUUUUUGCCAAAACGAUUUCAAAUGACGGGAAUGGUUAUGGCAACGGAACCGGAAUAUUCACGGCACCUAUUGCGGGGACCUAA